AUGGAUUCAGGGGAUGGACUCUCUGUUUCUGCUGAGCCAGGACUGACUCAUGACAUCCUUGUAUCCCGCACGUCGGUCCGGCCAAAAGCCUGCAAUCAAGUGACUUGGAGGUGCAAGGGAGGCGGUUUGGAGUCGCCUCCAACAAAUAAGCUCCACAUGUCCACUCCGGGAGAACGGAAGUUCUUCCAGAAACUCAUGGGACUAGAGGCUUGCAACCUGCCCAUGGGUUUUAAAAUUUUACGCAAAACAGUAAUAGAAAAGAGUCUCCUGAUUCCGGAGGAAAGCCUGGUACGGUAG